AUGGCCAAGUCACGCCUGCUGCUGUGGCUGCUGCUGCCCACACUCUGUGGCCCAGGCGCUGCUGUAGGGAACAUCUCAUCCCUGGCCUGUGCCCAGGGCCCCGAGUUUUGGUGCCAAAGCCUGGAGCAAGCAUUGCAGUGCAGAGCACUGGGGCACUGCCUACAGGAGGCCUGGGGACACGCCGAGGCCGAUGACCUGUGCCAGGAGUGCAACGACAUCGUCCUCAUUCUCACCAAGAUGACCAAGGAGUCCGUUUUCCAGGACACGACGCGGAAGUUCCUGGAGCAAGAGUGCGACGUCCUCCCCUUGAAGCUGCUGGUGCCCAAGUGCCGCUACAUGCUCGACAUCUACUUCCCGCUGGUCAUCGACUACUUCCAGAGCCAGAUCAACCCAAGGGCCAUCUGCAAGCACCUGGGCCUGUGCAGACAUGGUCGUCCAGAGCCAGGGCAGGAGCCAGAGCUGUCGGACCUUCUGCUGGGCAAGCAGGUCCUUUCUAGGCUGCCUGGGGCCCUCCAGGCACUGCCCAGGCCUCAGACACAGGAGCUCUCAGAGGAGCAGUUCCCCAUUCCCCUCCCCUUCUGCUGGCUUUGCAGGACUUUGAUCAAGCGGAUACAAGCUGUGAUUCCCAAGGGUGUACUGGCCCCCGUUGUGGCCCAAGUGUGCCACGUGGUACCCCUGGUGGCGGGCGGCAUCUGCCAGUGCCUGGCCGAGCGCUACACUAUCAUCCUGCUGGACGUGCUGAUGAGCCGCAUGCUGCCCCAGCUGGUCUGCGGCCUUGUCCUCCGGUGCUCCAGCGAGGAUGGCACUGGCCCAGAUGUCACCGCUCUGGGGUCCCUGCCGGGAGAAUGGCUACCGCAAGACUCCAAGUGCCGCUUCUGCGUGUUUGUGACCACCCAGGCAGGGAACAGCAGCGAGCAGGCCAUGCCACAAGCGAUGCACCAGGCCUGCCUCCACUUCUGGCUGGACAGGCAAAAGUGUGAGCAGUUUGUGGAACAACACUCGGUGCAGUUGCAGAGCCUGAUGUCCAGGGGCUGGGAUGCCCGUACCACCUGCCAGGCGUUGGGGGCGUGUGCGGCCAGGUUCAGUCCUCUCCGGUGUUCCCAGGACUCCAACUUCUGA